AUGGCUUCGGAAGACACUGGUAGCUCUGUUUUUAUGGCCAUUUGUUCUUAUGGUAGUGAAGCUGUGAUUAUUUCCAUCUCAAAAGACACAAUUCUUGAUCAAAUUUUUAAGGAAAUAGUUGAAAGGUGGAGACAUUUAUCUUCUACAAUGAUAGAAGUUAAGUUUUAUAUUCCAAACAAGUCUAAAAUGCUUGUUACGCUCAUGAGCGAUAAGGAUGUUCGUAACAUGCAUGAAAUACACGUCAACUUAAAUGCCAAGGUGAUCGAGAUGGUUGUUACUCAUUCUCCAACCUUGAUCGAAGGUGCUGCUGUGGUAAUUGAGAGUGGCUCAUCGCAUUGUGCUGAAAUCAGUUCGAGAGGGAAAAAUUUUUCGAAGGGUAGCUCAAGUAAUUUUGGUCAAGUUGUUGAAAAAACAAGAGCCGCAAUUGAAGAGGAAGCAAGUAAAAAAAAUUCGUUGGAUGAUUGGAAAAAUAGUAUAGAGGGUGUUGGUCAGGAGUUCAUGAAUGUGGAAACUCUACGUGACACCAUUCGCAACUAUUGCAUUGCAAUUUGCAGGGAUUUUGUCUUCGUGAAGAACGAUCGUGAUCGAGUUACUGUAGAAUGUGUUUAUGAAGGUUGCGAAUGGCGUAUUCAUGCUUCUCGCCUUGGGAAUGGUGAAAAGUUUGCAAUUAAAAAAAUGCACUGUAACCACACAUGUGGAGGAGGAUUGCAAGUGCGGUCUCAUCCAAAGGCUUCAAAACGUUGGGUUUCCAAAAUUGUUAAAGAUCAACUUCAAGAUAUGCCGUUAUAUAAGCCGAGUGAUAUUGUAAAGGAUAUUCGACGACAAUAUGGUGUUGAAUUGCCGUAUCAUCAAGCUUGGCGUGGUAAGGAGGUGGCCAUGAUGGAUCUUUAUGGUAACAGCCGGCUAUCUUAUGAACGGAUUCGCUGGUAUUGCGAUGCCAUUCGUCAGACCAACCCCGGCAGCAUUGCAGAGUACGAAACAAUUGAUGGUCGAUUCAGACGUCUAUUCAUUUGUUUUCAUGCUUCACUAAUGGGUUUCAUAAAAGGAUGUCGUCCUCUGAUUUUUAUGGAUGGCACAUUUAUAAAGCAUAAGGAUGGAGGUGUAUUGCUUGGAGCCACUUCCAAAGAUGGAAAUAAUGAUAUGUUUCCUAUAGCUUAUGGUGUUGUAGAUAUAGAAUGUGAUGAAAAUUGGGAAUGGUACUUUCCUGAUUCUUACCACUCAUAUUGUAUACGUCAUGUGAAAGAAAACUUCAAGAAUCAGGUUUGCAUCGUCAUAUUAUGCAUCGUCCUUGUCCAUUAUCGUGCAGCUGAGAGAAAGAGGCUCAUUGAUUUACUAAAUGCUGCUGCCUAUACACCAAGGCUUACUGUAUUCCGAAAGCUAAUUGCAAAGCUUACAUCAGAAGCCCCUGGUGCUACCACCUUUCUCCUACAUGCAAAGCCGGAGCAUUGGGCGAAUGCUGUAUUUCCAGGUCCACGCUGGGGCAUCAUGACAUCGAAUGUGGCAGAGUCUUUUAAUAGUUGGGUCCUGGAGGUUCGUCAUCUCCCUGUGCCUCAGAUGGUUGACCAUAUAAGGAUCCAAAUAAUGCAGAUGAUGCAUCAACGGCGUAAUCGAGGAUAUAGCAUUCAAUCUCAACUUUGUCCUGAUGCGGAGAAAGUGUUGCAAAAAAAUGCGGAAGAUGGUCGGAGAUUAGCUGUAUUUACGUCCAACAUAAUGAUAUAUGAUGUAAAGGAUACCAACUACUCAUGCAAAGUUGACCUGCAUAUGUGUAGCUGCUCUUGUGGCGAGUGGCGAAUCUUCCGCAUGCCAUGUAAGCAUGCUUGUGCAUGCAUCGAGAAGGACGGCAUAUCACUAUACCAAUUCACCGACAAUUGCUUCCAAGCUGAAUUGUAUAGAGUAACAUAUGCCGAAGCAAUCAGUCCAAUUCCUGACAUGGAGAAACCCCAAAGUGCCUCUGAAGAGAUCCACAUUCUACCCCCUAUAAGAAAGACACGUCCUGGCAGGCCUAAAAAGAAGAGAAGACCUUCGCAAGUGGAGUCAGUACGUGAAAUGAGAUGUGGACGAUGCGGGAAGGUUGGGCACAAUAGAAGGACUUGUAAUGAGGUCAUCAAGUAA